CUGCCUGCCCGUCAGUUGCUCCCAGUGAGACCUACCUUUCAGAAUGCACACGAAACUCUUGCUGCUUUUGGUGGCAGCCGGCUGCUGCCUCUGGAGUGUGGCCAGUGCCUGCCAGAGCAUCGAACAGCGCUACAAAUUCGCCAACAGCAACAUCUACGUGCGGCUGCGACGCGGCGAUAAACUCCAGUACGAGCUGAUGAGGGGCGACAAGAGCCUGCAGACAGUGACCUUCGACAACUUUGCCACGACCAACAAUCUGGUGGAGUCGGAAAACGGCGGCUACAAGAUCACCGAUGGCACCAACACCAUCGAAUUCACGCUGGUCAAGAGCGGCGUGGUCACGGGCACUGGCAGUGAUGUAACCCAUGUGCGAGUGGCCCGCGAUCAGGUGCUGCAGGGUCAGCAGCCCAGGGAUUGCUUCUCCCUGAACACAGGAGUCACCCAUUGGUUCAGCGGACCCGAGCAGAAGCAGCACUACUGGCCCGUGGAGCGCCAGAGCCACAGCAACUACCCGUAUCUGCCCAAGGAGCUGGACAACUUCGGUGUGGGAGAGCGCUACUGGCUGAACAGCGACGGAGUCUUCCUGUAUGUGGAGAACAACACGCCGCUCUUCAUCGACCAGAACUCUGCGGGCUAUGAGGGCAAGCUGUGCUUCAGUGCGAUCAGUGCCCUGCCCUACGAUCCGCGCGUCACCUCCGCGAAGUUCGUCUACCAUGUGGCAGUGGCCAAGGAUGCCAAGGCUGCGCACAAGUAUGCGGUGAAGACUUUCUUGGGACAGCCCACAGGACACCCCGAUGAACGGAUGGUACAGCAUCCGGUUUGGUCCACCUGGGCCCUGUACAAGGCAGAAGUCGACGACGGCGUCAUUCGCGACUUUGCCCAGCAGAUCCUGGACAAUGGCUUCGAGAACAGUCAACUGGAGAUCGAUGACGAUUGGGAGGACUGCUACGGUGCUCUCACUUUCCGAAAGAACAAGUUCCCGGAGACCAAGACCCUCACCGAUGAUCUCAAAGCACUGGGCUUCCGUGUGACCCUGUGGAUCCAUCCCUUCAUCAACAACAAUUGCACGGCGAUCUAUGAAGAGGCCAAGGGUCUGGGCUACCUGGUGCUCGACCACGAAGGAAGCUCGGACACACAGUGGUGGAACAGCAAGGCCAAGGAUGCUGCCAUUCUGGACUUUACCAAGUCUGAGGUCCGAGAGUGGUUCACUAAUCGCUUGAAGCGGCUGCAGGAUGAGGAGGGCAUUGACAGCUUCAAGUUCGAUGCCGGAGAGAUCACCUGGCUGCCCAGUGAUCCCGUGCUGCAGGGCGACGGCUCAAUGGUGACUCCUCUGCAGGCCGUUGGCGACUAUGUCCGGACGGUGGCUGCCUUCGGCGACAUGGUUGAGGUUCGUUCCGCCCAAAACACCCAGGACCUGCCCAUCUUUGUGCGCAUUGUGGACAAGGACUCCGAAUGGGGCUGGAACAAUGGCCUGAUCACGCUGAUCACCUCGAUGCUGCAGAUGAACCUAAACGGCUAUCCCUUUGUCCUUCCCGACAUGAUUGGCGGCAAUGGCUACUACGAGAGGCCCCCCAACAAGGAGCUCUUCCUGCGCUGGCUGCAGGCCAAUGUCUUCAUGCCUGCCCUCCAGUACUCCUUUGUGCCGUGGAACUUUGACGACGAGACCAUCGCGAUCAGUAAGACCCACACCAAACUGCACGCCGACUACACUCCUUACAUCAUGAAGUUGUUCAAGCGGGCAGUGGAGACUGGCGAACCGGUGAAUCCCCCGCUCUGGUGGAUUGCCCCCAACGAUUCAGUGGCUCAAGGAAUCUACGACCAGUUCCUUCUUGGCGAUGAUAUCAUUGCUGCUCCUGUGGUGCUUGAGGGUGCCACCAAACGGGAUGUUUACCUGCCAGAAGGUGAAUGGAAGAACGGCAAUGGCGAUGAGGUGUACAGCGGUCCCAUCUGGAUCAUGGAUUACCCUGCCCCAUUGGACACACUGCCCUACUUUGUGCGUGUGGGAUUCGAGAUGAACUAAAGUCAAUUUUAUUAAAAUAUAAUCUUAAAUCUUUUAUUAGUCUAACAAA